AUUGUCUUGUUUCACGCGUAGUUCACGGAAAAAUCAGCUUUCAUAUUAAUAUUAGCCGUGUUUGUAACCAAAUUUGAAAUAACAUUUCGUGUUGAUUAGAUGUUACAUAAACAAUAAUUAGUUUAAUAAAAUAAAUAAAUAUUUUCAAACGAACCAACAACGAUAAAGAAUAAUUAUUACGAAGAAAAAUGAAUAUUUUCAAUUCCUUUUUGGUCGACUUAUUCGUUCCCCUUGUGACUUUGACGUAAAAACAGAAUAGAGCUGAUAAAACAAACAGAAAAUUCAUAAUUUAUAGCCAAAAAUAGAAAACGCGUAAAUAAUUGUUAAAUUUGAUUAAAUAAUUUGAUUUGAAGCAAAGAAGAAGAAAAUAAAGUAAACUAAAUCUAUAAUUUAGAAGUGUUUAAAAGAAACGGUGCUGUAGUAAUAAAACUGUGAUUAAUGAAAAAAUAUUAACGAACAUUUUGUUAAAUCCCCCCUGCAAAUCAAUGGUGCAAUUGUAAAACGAGGAAUCCCUAAGUAAACACUUGUACUUUACUUCUUCCUGUUCCCAGUAAUAUAGACAUAGAUAUUGGCAGAUACAUACUCUGUUGCAAAAAAAAGAAUAUAAAAACCAAAUAAGCGCAGCAUGCACUCUUCCCUCAGUUGGACUUCGAGACUUAUUUCGCGUGCCCUGCGCAAUGGAUUCUCCACACUAAUCGAAACAGCUACAAAUGCAACCGCUUCUGGAGGGUUAAAUAAAGCUCGUCCUCAUUUCAUAUCAGUAGUGUGCGGUUUUCCAAAAGAUUUUUUAACCUCUAAAUACAAACCUGGUAAAUAUGGAGAGGACUCUUGGUUCAAGACAUCUACAUCAAAUGCUGAUGUUUUAGGCGUUGCUGAUGGUGUGGGUGGCUGGCGUAGUUAUGGUAUUGAUCCUGGAGAGUUUUCAUCAUUUUUAAUGAAAACAUGUGAACGUCUAGUCCACUGCGUAAAUUUCAAUCCACAACGACCUGUUAAUCUAUUAGCAUAUAGUUAUUGCGAAUUAUUGGAACAAAAGAAACCUAUACUAGGUAGCAGUACUGCUUGUGUUUUAGUAUUGAAUCGUGAGAACUCCACGGUUUAUACGGCGAAUAUCGGUGACAGCGGAUUUAUGGUCGUACGCAAGGGCGAAAUUGUUCAUAAAUCAGAAGAACAACAACAUUAUUUUAAUACACCCUUCCAGUUGUCUCUGCCACCACCCGGCCAUGAUCACAACGUCUUAAGUGAUAGUCCAGAUUCGGCGGAUACCUUAAGUUUCCCCGUUAAAGAGGGUGAUGUUAUUUUAGUUGCCACAGACGGUGUCUUCGAUAAUGUUCCAGAAAAACUCUUAUUGGAUGUUUUAAAGGAGGUUGAGGGCGUCACAGAUCCUGUCAAAUUACAGAUGACUGCCAACUCGCUGGCGCUGAUGGCGCGUUCAUUGUCAUUUGAUAGUGACUUUAUGUCACCGUUUGCUAUUAAUGCUAGACGCAAUAAUAUAAAUGCAACGGGAGGUAAACCUGAUGAUAUAACUGUGGUACUCGCAACUGUAGCAAUGUAAAUUUUAUCAUUUGUAGUAGUGAUUAUUAUUUUUAAUUUAUAUUUUUUAAGUUAAUGCUAAAUAUCGAUUUGUGUUUAAACAAAACCAAGAUAAUUAUUUUUUGUAACUAAAUUUCUGUUGUAAUUAAUUGAGUGAGUGCGUACGUCCUUGUUUAGACCUUCUUCAACUUCAAUUGUUACGUUCGUUCGUCAAUUGUCUACACCCUUUCCUUGUAAUAUUUCUUUCAUAACUGACUUAUUAGUUUAAGAUCUUUAGUUAAAUCUUAAUUGUUUUGCCCUUGUCUCAAUAGUCAUUAGGUAUAACUAUAACAAAUUAAUACAUUUUACUCCUGAUCAUUUAACUCAUUUUCUCUAGCAUCAUUUUGUUUUAUAAGAAUGUAUGUAUAAUUUUUUAUAAGCUAUUUUUUUUUUUAAUAUAUAUCUCAUGUAUUUGUAUGUGUAUAUUUUUUGUUUGUUUCUUUAUUUUAUUUCUUUAUUUCAUUGCAUUUCUUUAAUUUCCAUUCAUUAUUUUCUUGUCUGUGUGCAUGUGUUAAACAAGUUCCUCAGGUCUUUGUUGGCUAAGUUUGAUUAAUUGUAUUUUUUGUGUCCUAAUACUUACAUGUUUGUUUGCGGUUGGCAUUAAAAAACUAGAAUCCCUGCUAAAAAAAUUAUUAUAUUUCGAUUGAGUAUUUAUUUGUUUACGAUCAAACGAAAUUUAAUAAAAAUAAUAUGUAAUAAAACAAAUCUUAAAUGUUUUGUAAUAUUCUAUAAGGAAAAUGAAGUUGUUUAUGCAGCCUAUUAAAACUAAUGAAACUAAUUAAGCUUAAUGCAAACGAUAAACGAUUUCUUAAUACAAAAGAACAGCUUUAACAAUUUCUUUUUCUAAUAACAUACAUAUAAUAAAUUUAAGUUAUUCUGUUAAGUGUUUCACGAAAAGAUUACGAGUCUGUACAAAAAUACAAAAGUUUUACUAUUUGUAAGUAUUUUGUUUUUUUUUAAUUAGGACUUUUCGACUGAGUACAAAAUUUUAAGAUUGGCUAAUAUUUUUUAUUUUUAUUUUUUAUACUUUAUUGCAAACAAAAAAAGAUUAUUUUUGAAAACAAUUGAAAUACAGAAAUGUGGCAACAUGAAUUAUAAAAUAAAAUGUACAUUCAAUGAAUUUAAUGAAAA